CACAGCUACAGUUCUACUCUGUCCUGUACGAAUCAGAAUCGGCUAGAUGGCAGUGACUUUGGUUUGGAACUUUCAGCCAGGGGCCAGUAGCUGAGUGGUAUGAUGAGUGUGUGUAUCUAUCCUAGUUCCCCAAGUCAGCUAUAAAUAAUUUUUGUAUGUUUAGAUUUAUAUAUUUGAAGACUAGUAACAGCCAUUUUUCAAAUCUCCAUAAUAUUGGGAGAGAGUACACACUUCAAAAUUGGUUUCCCUGAAAUAUGUUUUUUAGUUUUCUGCUUGUUUAAUAUAAUGUUUGAAUUGAGUCUUAGCUUUUUUUCUGUACUGUUCUUUACUAUGGGGUAAUUGAUACAAAUUUACUGUGGUGGUUAUUAGUGUAUUCUUUUCUUUUUUUUUUUAAGGCUACAGUGCAUAAGUUUUUCAAAUAACUAGUGCUUCCUAUUUUCAAGUCUCAAAAUUAAUAUGUGGGCAUUUAUCUUACAUUUAGGAUUUUAUGAAAAUGGACAAUAAUGAGGCAUUUGUAGGCUUUGAGCUCUGUCAGCCUCCACUCUCCAGUGUUGCUCAGAAGAUUAUGUCUGCUAUGCACUCAGUUCACUUAGUGGAUUCUGAGAAUUUGACAGAGAGUGAAAAGACUGUUGCAGUUCUGAGCAAACCCAGUGUUAAGUCUGCUGUCCUACUUGAAGAUGGGAAGAAUCGAAUACUGAGGGGAAAGAACCAUAUUUCUUUAACAAGCCAGACAUCAAGAUCUUCCAUCAGAUUUUCCCCUCAGCCAGCCAGUGUCGCACUUGCCAACCCGCUCUCUCCUGACCACAAGCAGAAAGGCGUCAGCUCCCUGGCUCUGCCCAGCUGUUUAAUUCCACGGGGUCAUCAGGAGGCUUCAGAUGGACAGAGAAAGGAAUGUAAUGAAAAGCAUAUUCUGAGAGAAAAUAGCAGUGAACAUGUAAAGAAGGAGAGCAUGAAUCACAAAAGGAAACAUUUUGCUUCUGAUUCUAAAUCAGAGAAAACAAGUAAACAGAUGGCACUGGAAGAAGAGGAGGAGGAGGAGGAGGUUGGAGCCUAUCGCAAUUCUGGGAAUGCAAGUGCAUUUGAAAACCAGUUUUGUGAUAUUAGGUAUCUGGAAGAUUGGGAGAAAAGCCAGUUGAUUGAAUUCCUCAAACAGGCACCAGCUCUGGUGGUAACUCUGAUAUAUAAGGAUGGUUCAACCCAGCUAAGAACUGGCCAGGAAACAGGUUCUCCUGUUAAAGGAGUUGUAAUAUUACUGAAGAGCCAAGUGGGAGAAACCAGCAGUCCUCUUGAUGCCCCAGCCUGUGAUGGGCUUCCUGAGGGACCUGCUUCUGACGAUAGGUACAUGUACAUAAAGAUAGAGGACUCUUCUCUCUGGGACCAGGAACAAGAGAUAUAUACUCAAUUUGCCAGGAAAGUGCUGCUUCAAAUCCUGACAUCUCAACGCCCUGUGAUAUGUUUUAAUGCCAAGGAUUUUGUGAGAGCCCUGCUCCAGUUUAUUGGUGACGAUGGCAGCUGGAAGUGUGUUGCUGGUUUUGUAGGGUUAGAUCCCAGGAUUGCAGCCUGGCUUAUAGAUCCCAGAGAUGCUGUGCCUUCCUUUGAAGAUUUGGUGGCAAAAUACUUUGGAAAAACCAUCACAGUGAAAGUAAACAGUACUUAUGGAAAUUCGUCAAGAAGUCUCGUGAACCAUAACGUGUGUGUGAACUUGAGGAUUCUCCACAGACUGACCCUGAACCUCUGCUCCAAAUUGAAGGCUGACGGUUUAUGGCGACUGUUUUGUACCUUGGAGCGUCCUCUGAUACCAAUUUUGGCAGGUAAAUCUCGCCUUAAGGAGUUGGAACAAGAAGCUCAUUUCGUGGCAGGAGAACAGUUUCUGAUGACAAGUAACAACCAGCUCCGAGAGAUCCUGUUUGGCAAACUAAAGCUGCACCUGCUGCCUCAGAAGAAGACUCUGCCCAAAACGGCGCUGCAGAAGCACACAUCCACCUCGGAGGCCGUGUUGAACGCAUUACAAGACCUUCAUCCAUUGCCCAAGAUCAUUUUGGAAUAUAGGCAGGUUCACAAGAUCAAGUCAACCUUUGUAGACGGAUUGCUAGCCUGCAUGAAAAAGGGCUUCAUUUCCUCGACGUGGAACCAAACUGGAACUGUGACUGGAAGACUUUCAGCCAACCAUCCUAACAUCCAGGGUAUCUCCAAGCACCCAAUUCAAAUCACUCAGCCUCAGCACUGCAAAGAUGAAGACAGGCCCCUCACCGUCGCCCCCAGGACCAUGUUCAUUUCAUCCAAAGGCCACACCUUCCUGGCAGCAGACUUUUCACAGAUCGAAUUGCGGAUUCUUGCGCACUUAUCUGGAGACCCGGAACUUCUGAAGUUGUUCCAGGAAUCGGCACGGGAGGACGUGUUCUCAAUGCUGGCUUCACAGUGGAAGGGCAUUCCUAUGGAGCAUGUGAACCACGUGGACAGAGAGCAGACCAAGAAGGUGGUAUACUCAGUGGUCUACGGAGCAGGGAAGGAUCGACUUGCUGCUUGCCUUGGAGCCACUGUUCAGGAAGCUGCUCAGUUUCUAGAGAGUUUUUCACAGAAAUACAAGAAAAUCAAGGACUUUGCCCAAGCGACUAUUGCUCAAUGUCACCAGACAGGGUAUGUGGCAUCCAUCAUGGGCCGAAGGAGACCCCUGCCCAGGAUCCAGGCCCAGAACCAGGAACUCCGGGCCCAGGCAGAGCGGCAGGCUGUGAACUUCGUGGUGCAAGGGUCAGCUGCCGACCUCUGCAAGCUGGCCAUGGUCCACAUCUUCGCCGCAGUGGCCUCUUCACCCACCCUGACAGCCAGGUUAGUUGCCCAAAUCCACGAUGAGCUCCUGUUUGAGGUGGAAGAUCCACAGGUCCCUGAGUUUGCAGCUCUUCUGAGAGAUACCAUGGAGGCCCUGCAUCAAGUCCCUGCCCUGGGGCUGCAGCUGCAGGUGCCCCUGAAGGUGAGCCUGAGCACCGGCCGCUCGUGGGGCUGCCUGACCCCCCUGCAAGAGUCUCCAAGCAACAGCGCUGCCAGGGGCCUCGCCCCGCAUUCUCUGCAGCCCUGUCACCGGGAGACCCAGUGGCUUCCUGAUGACCAGUGCCGGGCCCGGGGCUGGACAGCUGGGUUGGCUGCCCCCAGGAGUGAGUAA